AUGCAGCAGGUGGCAGUAGCCCCACGGGUCCCUGUACGCCCUCCCCUGACCCCUUGCAUGAUACUCUCCAUGCUGAAGGAGGUGCAUCUUCCUCCCGGUCGUGAAGCCAGACCCUUGCCCUCCUUCCAAGGCUGGGAGCCCAGCAAGUGCUGCAGCGAGGGCGGGGCUCCGGGCAUCGCCAGGUCUGCCCCUUCUGAUUUCCUGCAGCAGGUAGCAAAGGGGAUGCGGGUGCAGCAGCGCGGACGUGCGGCUACCCAGGGCGGCAGUAGGGUAAGCGCCGGGGACCCCCGGGGCCAAGGGUCCCAGCAAGAGGCCCGGCUGGGGGCCCUGGAGGGCGGCCUGUGCAGCGGGCACAGGGAAGGGGUGGUGCAGGAGGGCUCCCGGGGGCGAGUGGCCGGCUCCUUUCUCAUCAGAGAGAGUGAAACCAGCAAAGGUGCCUUCUCCCUGUCUGUGAAGGAUGUCACCGCCCAGGGGGAAAUAGUCAAGCACUAUAAGAUCCGCUCCCUGGAGGAAGGGGGCUGCUACAUCUCCCUCCGGGUCACCUUCCCCUCGCUCCAGGCCCUGGUGCAGCACUACUGCAAGAAAGGGGAUGGUUUGUGCCAGAGGCUGACCGUGCCCUGCAUCAGCCUUGCUCCUCAUAACCCCUGGGCCCAAGACAAGUGGGAGAUCCCCCGGCAGUCUCUCAGGCUGGUCAGGAAACUCGGAUCAGGGCAGUUUGGCGAAGUCUGGAUGGGCCACUACAGAAACAAUAUGAAGGUGGCCAUCAAGACCUUGAAUGAGGGAAGGAUGUCUCCGGAAGCCUUCCUGGGUGAGGCGAACCUGAUGAAGACUCUGUAGCACGAGAGGCUGGUCUGGCUCUACACCAUGGUCCCCAAGGAGCCCAUCUAUAUUGUCACCGAGUAUGUGGCCAGAGGGUGCCUGUUGGAUUUCCUGAAGACAGACGACGGUGGCAGACUGUCCCUCCCGAGACUGAUCGACAUGUCAGCCCAGAUCACCGAAGGGAUGGCGUACAUCAAGCACAUGAAUUCUAUCCACCGCUACCUAUGGGCGGCCAACAUCCUGGUGUCUGAGACCUUGUGUUGCAAAAUUGCUGACUUCGGUUUGGCCAGGAUCAUCGACAGUGAAUACACUGCCCAGGAGGGUGAGCAGAGCCCCACAACUGCAGGGGAGACCUUGGGCCUUACCUCCCCGACUCCCCAAAGCCUCUUGACAUUACAUGGUACGGCCCCAUGUGCAAAGACCUGA